AUGGUUCCGCUGGACCCUCCCAGCGGAAUCGUGCCGCGCGCUACCAGUGCGGCACCAGAAGCUUUGGCAACAAUGGCCGCCACCUUCCCCCGAGCUGUGCAGGAGGAGGCGUUUCUGAGGGCGGUUGCUACUGAGCUGAGCAAGCUGGGCUUUAAGAGGACCAAUAGCAUCGCUCUGGGGAACACAUGUCGAGACGAGGUGUGCCGCCCGGUGGUGAGCCUGAUCGACCGGCAAUUCGGACUCUCCUUCAACCUGUCGGGCCUGGGAGGGCUGGUGAAUUGCGGCAAGACGGGCUUUAAGGCCGCCAUGUCGCACUCGCCAGAGUUCAGAGAGCCUGACGGGACUCUGCUCAUAUUCUUCGCCUUCCCACACGUGUCCAUUGGCGAGUCUGGCGAGGUGGGCUCGCUGCUGCGGAGAGGCAGGGGGCGGCCGUCAAGUGCGUGUGGCGCGCUGAUUGCGAUUCAAACCGACCUGAACGAGGCCAAGGGGACGCAGGAGGACCCAUUUGACGAGGAGUACGUGCUGCUCAAGAAGAAGGUUGCCAGCAAGGUGCGUGUGUGGGCGAUGCUGGUAGGUUUGAUGCGGUCGAGAUGGGUGGGGUUGCCUGCAGUCAGGGAGAGUGGAACGAGGCCAAGGGGACGCAGGGGGACCCGUUUGACGAGGAGUACAUGCUGCUCAAGAAGAAUGUCGCUAGCACGGUGUGCCGAUCUGAAUGUAGAUGAGGGGACGCAGGAGGACCCUUGUGACGAGGAGUACGUGCUGCCCAAGAAGGAAAGUGGCCAGCAAGGUCCUUUCUUCCUCCUCUGUUUUCUUCCCUGCCUUUUCCAGGUGACCAAUGGCGGCCCACCUUUGUCACUUGUACAGGUCACACGGGCGGCUCUAGCUGCUAUUAACGAGGACCUGGAGAAGCUUAUAUCGCUUACAGUGGAUCCUGCUACCGCUGACUAUGCUGUCAUUACAGGUGUCCAGAUACACUCUGGAAAUCAGCUGACCUCGCCCGAGGGGACGCAGUUGCACUAUGGGGAGCGGCAGACAGAGGGGCACUUUGGAUUCCGAGCAACGAAAGCAGGGGAUCACACGUUGUGUGUGUGGCUGUCCAGAGGCACAGAGAGGGAUGUGCCGGCAACAGGGAGCGCGCGGGCAGGGCGCAGCAAGGGGAGGGAGAGGAGGAAGGUGGACGUGGCAUGGCGUGUGGGCAAGUCAAAAGACGCACAUCUUUCAGAAGCACCCAGGAAGGAGCAGGUCGAGACCUUUGACUCGGAGCUCCAAGAUCUGGAGAGCAUGGCUGCCUCUGUGGCGGAUGAGCUUGAAUUCUUCCACGAGAGGGAAUUGGAGCUGCAGCAAGUGGUCAACACAACACACUUCAGAAUAGCAUGCAUAAGUCUCGCUUCUCUCCUUGUCUGCAUCGCCCUCACAGCCCUUCAGUUCUGCCACCUCAAAUCCUUCUUCCACCACAAGAAACUUUUGUAA